AUGUCUAAUCCAGCUAAGCGUCAACGUGUUGAGUUAUCACUUAGUGAUAAAAUCAAGUUGAUAAAAGAACAUGAAGCCCAGCCCAAAAUUUCUCAGCGUGACCUUGGCGAGAAGUUCAGAGUUGGGAGGUCUACAGUCGGCGACAUAUUAAAGAAGAAAGAAUUCUACAUCGAGCAGUACGAGCAGAAAGCGAGCACAUCAAAGUCCAGAUUCAACAACAGCUGCAAGUUCUUCGACAUCAACGACGUCGUCUACAAGUGGUUCUGCACAGCUAGAGCUAAAGUCAUACCGAUAUCUGGCCCCAUCAUUCAAGAGAAGGCUUUACAGUAUUCAAAAGACCUCAACAUCGCUGGAUUCAAGGCAUCCAAUGGUUGGCUCGACAGAUGA